AUGCAGCAAAAGUCAAACUAUUCUUAUGGAAAUGUCUCACAGACACAGUGCCAACAAGUGAAGACUUGCAAGGAAUACAGGUGGAAAUAUCUCAUUGUGUCAGUUUUGCAUAAGGAACUGGAAACUUCUGAACACCUGUUAAUGCAUUGUUCCUUCACCAAGGCAGUCUUAACUUCAGUCCCAGGUGGCCUCAGCUCCAUGGCAAAUCUCAACACUCUUCAGUCCUGGGUUUCAAGUUGGUUUGAUGUCAACAAUCAAGAUGGGGAAAUGUGGAAGGAGAGAUGCAAUGCAGUUUUUGAUAACUUAAAACCCAACCCAGUCUCAUGCAUAAGAAGAUCUCAAAAUCUUCUUCAUUCUGUCAAGACUGACAAUUAUUUUUCUACAAUGUCUAGACCCACUAACCUUAUGUCUAGAAAUAGUACUUGGAUCCCUCCUUCGGCACCUUUCCUUACAAUUAAUUUAGAUGCUUGUUAUAAGUUAUUGCAUAAAGAGUGUGGAAUUGGACUAAUAAUUAGAUAUUUUGCAGGGUCUCACAGAUGGUCGAGAUGCAUAUACAGAGAUGGAUAUCUAAGCGCCGAGGAGGGAGAGUGUAUGGAAGCAUUGGAGGCAGUGAAAUGGGCAGUGAGUCUGCAGCUAGAGUGCAUCAUCCUGGAGACAGAUUCAUUUAACGUGUCUGCUGCAAUCAAUGGUGUUGACACAAGCAUAUAUUGGGAACAUCUUCCAAUCAUUAAAGAUGUUAAAUUUUUCCUUAGUAAGAUUAGAAUGUGGAAAGUGAGGCAUGUAAUAAGAGAGUGUAACAAUAUAGCUGAUUUGCUAGCAAAACACUCUAGAAAGUACAAAGUGACUGAGACAUGGCAAGAUUCAGCUCCUCCAUUUAUCUGUACUGAACUUGAAGAAGAUUUGAGGGAUAACCCCUCAAACUUCUUGGCAUAA